AUGAAAUAAGAAGACAUUCAAUCUCCUUAGUUGUGUGAAAAUAUUCAACAUAGACCACACAAUCCCAGGAGAUCAGCGAUCUUUAAAUAGCAGAAUGCUAUUAGUCUCACCAAAUUGGACACAAGAUUACAGGAAAAGAAUGACAUGCUUGUGGCACAAAUCCAAAAGAUUGUUAAACAUAUGCCUUCUGAUGACAAAUAACUCAAAGCAGAAAGACACAUAUAUGAUGCUUAUUACUUGAGAACUAUUCGAAAUGAUAUCGAUUUGGCUGAUAAAGUAAUUUUAAAAUACCUUUGGAUCAUUGAGAAUAGCAGAAUUUGGAGUGGAUACCUUUUGACAUUGACGAUCCUCUAUCAGAUCCUGGCUUUCUUUGAGAAACCAUAUCCUGAAUCAGAUUUCUACGAGGCACCUGAUGUCAGGAAUGUUGAAUUGUUCAUAUUAAUAUUUCUUGGGAUUGACUUCUUAAUAACUUUGGUUUUGUUGGCUACCAAAAAAAAUGACGGGGGAUUUCAGUUCAACACCAAAAGAAUGAUAAAGAUGUUGUUCUUCUUAGUGUGUCUCACAGAUUAUAUAAAUUCGAAGAUUGAUGAUUCUCAAAUCAGAUUCAGUAGAUUAAUUAGACCAGCGUUGAUGAUCUUUUUUUCAAAGGAUCUCCGAAGAAAUCUAAAGGGAAUAGCCAAAGCCAGUAAAGAUUUGCUCUUGUUAUUACUACUCUACGUAAUAAUCAUUUCAACAUUUGCUUUUAUUGGAAUAAACUUGAUUGGAUAAUUAGAGACUGUGGAUUUAGAAACCCAAGAUUAUGGGGAUUUCUUCAAAUUGUUCAAUAUGUUAUUCAUGGCUGCCACUCUUGAUUUCUACCCUGACAUUAUGAUUCCUCCAAUAUUUUAAGGCACUUUUUAUGCUCUCUAUUUUGUCAUCUACAUAAUUCUCUUUUUGUUCCUAUUCUAACCCAUACCCUUGGCUGUGGUCUACGAAGGAUUUCGAAGACACAGAAUGCAGAUUGCCAUCCAAGACAUCAUCAAAUAGAAAUCAGCUAUGAUGGCGAGUUUCAUCUCAUUGGAUUCAAAUGAUGCUGGAUUUUUGACUGAAAAUCAAUUUAAGAAAUUCCUUAAAACCUUUUAUCGAGGUUAAUUGACUGAUGACUAAGUCAAGAUCAUAUUCUCGGAAAUCGACAAAGAUUUCAAGUAAUUUACAAUUAUCAAAUAGUGAUAAGAUUUAAUUCGAUGAGUUUAAUCAAUUACUCUACGUCUUACAGAAUAGCAAGAAAAUCUCAUUGCCUCGAGCAAAACCACUUAAAUGUUGGGAAUCGCUACGAAACUUCCUCAAUAAAUAUGGACUCAAGAAAUUUAUCGAAUCCAAUGUAAUAUCAAUAUAAUAUUCAAGACAUUCGGUUUUUUCAUGUUCCUUGUGACGAUAAUCAACUGUUGUUUGAUCAUCUCCGCAUUCUUUAUAGAGAAUUUAGAUGUGCUUGCCAUAUUCGAUACUAUAGAUACAGUAUUCUUAGGCAUCUUCAUUUUUGAAUGUCUGAUCAAGAUUAUAGGUUUGGGCAUAUACGACUUUUUUGUGGAUGGUUGGUAUUUAAGUUGAUUGUAUUCUUAGGAAUGUUUUUGAUAUCACAUUGAUCCUGUUGCAGAUACUGUUCGAUUACAUCCUAUUCAGUUUUGUGACCGGAAACAUAGUGCAAUCUAUAAAGGCAAAUAGAAUUUUGAGGAUUGCCAAAAUCUAGAAGGUAUUUAGGUUGUUUAGAGCCUUCAGAUCAAUAAAAUUAGUGGGGUACUUGUUGAGAGGAUUGGAGAUAUUCGCUCAUGUGAAAAACCUAUUGUAUAAGAUCAUCAUUUGCGUGCCUCUAAUUUUGAGAUUGAUCUUGCCAGUGUAAAUUGUCUUUUUCACAUAUGCUUGUAUAGGAAUAUACAUAUAUGGAGGGAUCACUACUGAUGAUCAGAACCCAUUCUCUAACAAUUCAUGCGAUCCAAACGAAUUCCGAUUUUUGUGGGGACAAUGCAAAUAUGCUGAUUUUAAUUCUAUGGGUGGAUCCUACUUAAUGAUGUUACAGGUGUUUACAGCAUCCUCAUGGGGACAGUUAGUUUUUGAACUGGCAUUUGACACCAAGAAUCUGGUGACUCCAAUGAUAUUCGUUGGUUCAUUUGUUUUUCUUUCUAUCUUCUUAUUAGCACUCAUUGGAGGAUUAGUUUGGGAAGUAUUCACAGUUGUUUCUAAGACUCUGUUUGAACAGGAAAUGGAGUAAUUCAAACCUGAAGAGAGAGUAGCCUUGCAACUCAAUUUUUAAGAUGAAGCACUCUUAGGUAGUAGUAUGGGCACAGAGUAUGACAUUCGAAAUGGAACUCAAUUAAGCAAUGCCAUUCAGUUGCAAAAGAAAACUGCUAUUCUUAAUGAUGAUAAUCCAGACAUCUUGGAGUUUAGACCUAGAAGUGUGGGUCUGAGAGCUCAUUAGGAUGAGAAGUAGGAGAUUCCUAUUGAGUUGGACUUUCAAAUAGAAACGCAGAUAUACAGUAAAGUGUUGAGGGUGGGAAUCAAUCCAAAUCAAGUGAUUCGUAAGUUGAAACCUCAAGGAGAUCUGGCUUAAAUUAUUGAGGAUGAAUUGCUUGAAAUAUAGAAGUUGUAUUGCGAUUACUUCAUUGACUAUUAGGAGUUCUUGGAGAUGAAAUUCAUUAAGGAGUCUCAUAACAUCUAUAAUGUAACUACAGAAUAUGUGGUUCACAUUAGAAACGAAAUCAAGAAAGACGAGAUGUUCAAACGGAAACAUGUCAACAUUUCGAAUCAUGAUCUCCUCAUCCAGAAUGCAGUUUUGAGAGACACUAGUGAAAUGUACAUAAAAUAAUAGGAGGAACAGUACUUCAAGUCUGAAUACGGCUAGAAAUUCGAAUUGAUCAAAGAACUCAAGUUUUAGAGUAAAUUUAAAGUAGAGAGCAAGAUACUGUUCUCAUUGAUGGGCAUUUUGAAGUUUCCAAAACCGAAUAUUAAAUAUUUCUUUUAGAUACUCUAUUUGAUAGAGAAUUACUUCACUUAUUAAUUAUUGCCGGAUUGCUCAUUUUUUAAGUUGUUACAUUAAAUGGAUGGCAAAUGGUACUUAAUUAGUAUUGAAGAGAAUUAAAUUGUAUUUACCAAGAUUGGAGCUGGGCCAUGGACAUAUGAUAGUUUGCUGUUUGAUCAAGGUCAGAUGAGGAUUUGCGAGAAUUUGAAGUUCAUGAAGGAGAUCAAGAACCCAGAAGUCAAAAUGCAUAUUAGGGAAUUCCACACCAGCAUGAACAAAAUGGCUAAACAAUUUGAACUCGAUAUCACAAAAAUAGAUGUCAGGAGUACGAUUGUUCUCUAUCAAAUUAAAAAUGAACGCUAUGUUCCUCCUGACUCCACAACUCCGAGGAUGAAUGGGUAGAAACCGUCCAUCAGUCCCAGGUAUUUGACGAUGAGUGCCAGGAAUGCCUAAAUCAGUCAACGCAAUGUGGAUGUGAACUCCAUCAAUGAGGACGACAAUCCCGAAGGAAUAUUUCAGAUGGGUGAGAAUGUCGAUGAGUGUCAUAGACAUGUGAGUCAAACCAUGAUAUUUGUGCUCUCCAAGGUUCAAGCUCAGGAGAGCAGGAUUGUGUAUCAGAAUUAGGUGAUGUUGGCUCAAUUUGUGUUGGAUUUGGCUGGAGUUAUUAAGAACUAUUCUGAUAAUUUCUUUUAAUAAUUAGAGGAAUUAUAUUCUUUGCGAAGUAAACAAAGAGGAAUAAAACAAAAAUGA